GCAGCGAGGCGCAGCUUCGCAAUUACACCGCGGAAAAAGAGGAGAGAGAGGAAGAGAGAGGGGUAAAAAAAAUGAUUAAUCUGUCAAAGGCGAAUCUCUGACAUUCAACCGACCGUAACGAAGCCUCGCAGGCGAACGCUGUUGAUGCGCGGGGGUUGUUUUCGUGGAGUGAAGCCGGUGCGCCGCCGUUGGCAGGUGCUGCUUGUAUAAUCGUCCGGGGUCUCGUCUUUGCUGCCUGAUCUGCGCGUCGUUUCAGCACUGGACAGCGACCGGGACCGUCGGACAACUGAGAAAACAGAUUCCUGAGGCGGGUCGCUCCGACCCUCGCUUGGCUCGGGGGCAAUGCGCGCCUAGAUGACUUCACUACAUCAACAAGCACCGCGGUAGUCCUGGACUAAUAUAGCAGCGCCACGUCCCCCCCUCUCUCUCUCCCUCACCCCACCCCCUUCUACUCUCUCUCUCUCUCUCUCUCUCUCUCUCUCUCUCUCUCUCUCUCUCUCUCUCUCUCUCUCUCUCUCUCUCUCUCUAUUCGCUGAGUCCCUCCGUCUAAAGGCACCAUGGGAAACCGUGGCAUGGAGGAGCUGAUCCCUCUGGUCAACAAGCUGCAAGAUGCCUUCAGCUCCAUUGGCCAGGCCUGCAACCUGGACCUGCCGCAGAUCGCGGUGGUCGGCGGCCAGAGCGCAGGGAAGAGCUCCGUGUUGGAGAACUUCGUAGGCAGGGACUUUCUGCCCCGUGGAUCUGGUAUUGUCACCCGCAGGCCCCUGGUUCUGCAGCUUAUCAGCGCUACUGCAGAAUGGGCUGAAUUCCUCCACUGCAAAGGGAAAAAGUUCACAGACUUCGAUGAGGUUCGCCAGGAGAUCGAGGCCGAGACGGAUCGUGUCACGGGGGCCAACAAAGGCAUUUCUCCAGUCCCCAUAAACCUGCGGGUUUACUCCCCUCACGUGUUGAACCUGACGCUCAUCGACCUUCCGGGGAUCACUAAGGUGCCAGUCGGGGAUCAGCCUGCGGACAUCGAGCAGCAGAUCAGGGACAUGAUCAUGCAGUUCAUCACCAGAGAGAGCUGCUUGAUCCUGGCCGUCACUCCGGCCAACAGUGACCUGGCCAACUCUGACGCUCUGAAACUUUCAAAGGACGUGGAUCCCCAGGGUCUGAGGACUAUUGGAGUGAUCACCAAGCUGGAUUUGAUGGAUGAAGGCACAGACGCCCGAGAUGUGCUGGAGAACAAACUGCUGCCACUUCGAAGAGGCUACAUUGGAGUGGUGAAUCGCAGUCAGAAGGACAUUGAUGGAAAGAAAGACAUCAAGGCAGCUUUAGAGGCUGAGAGGAAGUUCUUCUUGUCCCACCCGGCAUACAGGCACCUGGCUGAUAAAAUGGGCACCCCUCGCCUGCAGAAAGUGCUCAACCAGCAACUGACCAACCACAUCCGGGACACCCUGCCAGCUUUCCGCAGCAAGCUGCAGUCCCAGCUGUUGGCUCUGGACAAGGAGGCAGAGGAAUACCGGGGAUACCGACCCGAUGACCCGUCUCGCAAAACCAAGCAGCUGCUGCAGAUGGUGCAGCAGUUUUCUGUGGACUUUGACAAGAGGAUUGAAGGUUCGGGGGAUCAGGUGGACACGGUGGAGUUGUCUGGUGGAGCGAAAAUCAACCGCAUCUUCCAUGAGCGCUUCCCCUUUGAACUGGUCAAGAUGGAGUGUGAUGAGAAGGAAAUGCGCCGUGAGAUCAGUUAUGCCAUCAAGAACAUCCAUGGUAUCAGGACUGGACUUUUCACCCCAGACAUGGCGUUUGAGGCCAUUGUGAAGAAGCAGGUUAUAAAGCUGAAGGGGCCAUGUGUCAAGUGUGUGGACAUGGUCAUCCAGGAGCUGAUUAACACCGUGCGUCAGUGCUCCAACAAGCUGGAGUGCUACCCCAUGCUGCGUGAGGAGACCGAGAGAAUUGUUACCGCUCAUAUUCGAGAUCGAGAGAGUCGGGCCAAGGACCAGGUUCUGCUGUUGAUUGACAUCCAGCUCUCUUACAUCAACACCAACCAUGAAGAUUUCAUUGGCUUUGCUAAUGCGCAGCAGAGGAGCAGUCAGACUAAUAAGAGCCAGAGUUCAGCCGGAAACCAGGUCAUCCGCAAAGGCUGGCUGACCAUUAACAACAUCAGUAUUAUGAAGGGAGGAGCUAAGGAGUACUGGUUUGUGUUGACUGCAGAGAGCCUGUCCUGGUUCAAGGAUGACGAGGAGAAAGAGAAGAAGUACAUGCUGCCCCUGGACAACCUGAAGGUCCGCGAUGUGGAGAAAAGUUUCAUGUCCAGCAAGCACAUAUUCUGCAUCUUCAACACAGAGUCGAGGAAUGUGUAUAAGGACAAUCGUACCCUGGAGUUGGCCUGCGACUCUCAGGAUGACGUGGACAGCUGGAAGUCUUCCCUCCUCCGUGCUGGGGUCUAUCCUGAGAAGACCGUUACGGUUGAGAGUGAGACCACUACCACCUCAGACAACUUCUCCAUGGACCCUCAGCUGGAGCGUAAAGUGGAAACUAUCCGUAACCUGGUGGACUCUUACAUGGCUAUUGUCAACAAGUGCAUCCGGGAUCUCAUGCCCAAGACCAUCAUGCAUCUGAUGAUCAACAAUGUGAAGGACUUCAUCAAUGCGGAGCUGUUGGCCCAGCUCUACUCUGCAGGUGACCAGAACGCCCUGAUGGAUGAGUCCCAGGAGCAGGCCCAGAGGAGGGACGAGGUGCUGAGGACCCACCAGGCCCUGAAGGAGGCGCUGGCUAUCAUCGGUGACAUCUCCACCUCCACUAUCACCGUCCCCCUGCCUCCACCUGUGGACACCUCCUGGGUGGGAGGAUCCAGUGGUGGUCGGAGGUCUCCUCCGCCCAGCCCCACUGCUCCCAGGAGGAUGUCUUCAGGCCAGCGCCCGGCUCCCCGAGGGGCCCCGCCGCCUCCAAACCGCCCAGGACCCCUGGGGCCCUUCAAUAACAGUGCUGACAGCCCUCAGGCUCCCAGUCGCCCCAACAGGGCCCCUCCUAGCAUCCCCAGUCGGCGGCCCCCGCCAUCUCCUACAAGACAAGUCCCACCAUAAUCAUCUAAAGGAGUUCCUCCUCCCUCCCUUAUCUCCUUCCCUCAUCCACUCCAUCCUCUCCUCUCUUAGCCAUGGCUCUGCUGUCCUGGUCUCUCCUUUAGUGCAAACACUCAAGUCUUUGACCCCUUUGACCCUCAACUUCUCGCCAGGUGACGAUGUCCAUAUAUCUAUGUACAGUAUGGUACUUGUCUUGUGGUGUAUGUGUAUGUGCGCUUGUUGCUCGCCUGUGGUCCAGGUUUGCUUAGCAGGUCCACUACCCAGUAUCAGUCCCUGGAACCUCUUUACCCCCCCUCCCCUCUUCACGAAUCCCUCCGCCAAGUCAGCCACCGACCCCACUUGCUGCUUCUACAUGAAAAUAUGCUCAGCAGUCGUACUGCCCUACUCAUUCCAAAAUGCAGCAUGGCACAUAAGCUGCUUUUAUUGCAUGGGAGUGCGUGUAUGUAGAGUGUAUGCGUGUGUGAUUUGUGUGUAUGUAUAAGGGGGAGGGACUAAUUUGCCUAUAUGUAGGCCGAGUUUGAUUUAGUAUUGUAUUAAUUUAUUGUAUAUCACCCUCCUCGCCCUCAGUGUUAAUUAUCAGCUUGAUGUUCUCUUAGGAACAGGAGUUGUAUCUUAGUAUAUGUGCGUGAAUAUGCGUUUUUUUGUGUGCGAGUAAUACUGUGUGUGUGUUUGUGUGUGUGUGUGUGUGGGUAUGUAAGGACACGUGUGCAUGUGCCGUCUGUCUGCACGUUUGUUGGCGUUUCAGUUCUAUUUGUUUUCAUGGUCAAAGCUGUUAAUGAUGAAUCAUAAAACCCUCGGGGGUAAAAAUAUAAUGUUGGACUUUUGUGAGUUGUUCCUGUGUUGUAGUAGCAGCCAUACACACAUAGCAAGGCUGAGGAGCACCUUCAGUAUUCUCUAUAUGGAAAACAGCCUCAAUAAUGCAUUUAACCUUGUCAUAGGUGUCCACCUGUGCUGUAUUAAUGGUCAAAUUGUGACCCUCGCAGCCUUAAGCUCUGAUUCAGAUGCUAGCUGGAGAGAUGGAUGGAACUCAAGCUUUCACAUGGACAAAGAGAAAAAAAAAGGGACAGCUUAAUGUGCCCAAACACUAGUUCCUCCAUGAAACAAUGAACUUGUCUCCAUUUAGCCUUUUUCUCAGGUUUGACUCAUGCACCUCCAUGCAUAUCAUAAACUCUUCUUUUCACCCUCUUCUAGUCUCUUCUUUCCUCUGCUCACCAACACUGAAGCCGGUCAGUCAGCGUUUGCAUCAGAGCUUAAGGUUUCUAUUGUCAUUGUUCAAGUGCUUCUCUGUCAGUUUGUUAUUGUGUAUGUGGGCCUAAACUGUGUUCUGAUGUAUAUAGGUAAUGAUAAGGAGAUACUGUACCUGUGGACUAUAAAGACCUCAUCAAGGAUCCUAGCGCUUUAAUCGUUCUCUAUGUCUCUAUUCACUUAAUGCUCUCUUCUUCUCCGAUUUAGACUGCCUUACCGGCAUGAAUUACAAUUCUGUAUUGCCAAAGCUAAAUGUAGAAGGUAAAUUGUUGAGCUGAAAAAAAAGAUAAAUUAAAAAAAAUCUGCCGAAGACCAACAACGAAAUGGUUCCAAUUGUAGUGAGAUGGCAUUGAUUAGCAGAGGGCGUAAGAAUUAAUUGGGGAAAUGCAUCAGUUGUUAUUUUCUGUGUCUCUGUAUCGCUCCUCAAUAAACUUCUUCCUCAUAAUGUCA